CGCCUGAGCGCGACGCACCAUCAUGCCUCUCCGCCGACUGAAACCCGUUGCAGCCUUCUGGGCGCUCAUACCGCUCGUUUCUUGCACAUUUUCUGGCUUCCGAAUCCCGCUCGCCCGAGUGCCCUCUCUCUCUCCACGCCUCACUCAAUCGGUCCCGCAGAUCAAAUUAGGCAACGUACAACAGUAUACAUAUGUGCUUCCAGUCGGCAUCGGCAAUCAGCUCUUCAAUCUGGUGUUUGAUACCGGCUCAUCCGAUCUCUGGGUUGCUUCACACAACUGCACUAAUGAAGACUGUCGUGCUGUGUCACUCUAUGAUCUUAGUCCGACCUCAGUAGGGACAGGGCUUCCGUUCAGACUCGAUUAUCUUACUGGUCAAGUGAGCGGGCAACUGAUAUUCGACACAGUGGAUCUUGGGCCGUACUCAAUUCAAAGUCAAAUUCUCGCCAUCGCCGACCGCACUGCAGACUUGGGUCUCGAGUCAACUUCUACAUCUGGAAUUCUAGGAAUGGGACUCAUGGGCUCAGCGUCAAUCCCCGACACAGCUGGCCAGCCCUUCCCCGUUAAUCUCGUUUCGCCGUUCCCCGAAGACGAGCAGUACUUUGCGUUCCAUCUUAGCCGCCAAUCGGGAUCCGAUGACCCCCAAGCGUCGUUUACUGUCAGCUCUAUCGACACCGAUCUCGUCUCUGACCCCAGCCGCAUCACUGUGUUUCCUGUUAUCCAGACCGGUCGGCAAUAUGACUACUGGAAACUAUGCAUCUUGCACUUCACUAUCAAUGGUCAACCGCUCUCGAUCUCAUCUUCUCGAGUUCCUGGUGCUCCAUGCCCGAUGGCCGUGCUGGACACUGGAACCACGCUCUUUCUCGGACCUUCGGCCGACGUGGAUGCGAUAUAUCGCUCGCUGAACAUCUCUGUCCGCAAGGAUCCUGACGUCGGCUACCAGAUUCCCUGUACCUUCGCUGUUCUCAUCGGCGUCGUGCUCGGCAAUCCGGCUCAAGAGUACAUCAUCGACCCUGCUGAUAUGGCGUGGAACGGCGGCUCCGACGACGAGUGGUGUACGGGCGGGAUCCAAGCUAACGACAAUGUAAAUUCUGGCGACUGGCUUCUCGGAGAUGUGUUCUUGCGCAACGCCUAUGUCGUCCAUUACAUGCGUCCACCCCGCAUUGGCCUCGUCGGCCUUACGGACCCCGUAGCUUCAAUGAAAGCAUUUCGUGCGGAGCGGGGUCCGGCGCCAGACGGCGAGGCCGACAGCGACGUUAUGGAAUCCGAAGAAGAAGACGCGUGGAAUUCGACGACAGCUUACGUCAAACGAUGGCAACAUCGAGCGAGCAGCGAGACCGCCCUGAUGUUCGGUGUGUUUGCCGGGGGAGCCGGCUUCGUCAUGGGUGGGCUAAGCGUCGUCGGAUGGAGAGCCUGGCGAGGGGUCUGAAAUCACACUGAUGCUACUAGAAAUUGAAAAUCUCGCCUCGAGCUGGGACUUGAAGAAAGGAGUAUGAACGCAGCCUCAGCACAUCUAUGCAGGAAAAUCAAAAAACGCCGCGGCUGGCCUGUUGUCUUCAGUCAAUGCGCUUACAUAAGCCAAUGGGUGCACCCAUCACAAUCGCAUCUAGCUGCACCGCCUCCAACUCGGGCAACUUGCCAUUGCACUCAUAAUCCGACACUGACAAUGUCACUAGCAAUACAAACCUCAAUCUCAUCGUCCGUCUUCCUUGUAACCAGCCCAAUUCAUUAUCUUGAUACUCCUCUAUUACAUUCAUCGUGGUUCUCGUCAAUGUCGCAAGGGUCAGCGCCACAUGAACUUUGAAGCGCUGGGCAGAUCACUGCGGCAGAUGUCGCAUGCAAUAACGGCAAGAAGCAGAGAGGUCUCGGUGAAAACCAAUCCUUUCCUUCUGUCUAGGCUCCUUCGGCAUUGUUCUAUCGGUACCUUUUGCGAACUGAAUUGCUCUGGCUUUCAGACUCAAGGAUACUAUCAAUAUGUCAGUGCGUUCGAUAUCCCCUGCUCAUGGCAUCGGGUUCUAAAAAUUUUCUCAUUGGGUUGGAUGUCAUCUCUGAGCGCGGCUAAAUUCCGGAUCUAGUUAUCAUACCCGACGACAUGGCAAAGGUCCCCGAGUGACGCCGCCGUCCAGCCCAUAAAUUCCAGAUCCAGCAUGCUCAUAUGCGCCAUCCUCCACCGAUCUUCGACGGAUGCUGUAUAAUCUAUGCGCCAUAUCCAAUAACAAACCACCAAGUAUCGACCGGAUCUUUCUGGGAUGCAGCUCUAUCUCUCCCGCGUCUCUGGCUCGCCGCGAACGUCUCGGAGAGUUACUGGACGCUUCGACCCAGGGUACAUAUCAAAUUACUAUCAAGCGUGCCGGGAGCGAUGCUAUCGACCCCCGGUCCGUGAUUUGACAUUGGAAAUUACAUCCGUUGUCCCAUCCAGCUUGGGGCCACUGCACAGGCACAUUUCAACACCUAGAAACAGCGAAACGCGAGCAUCGGAAGCUCUGACAUUGCUCCAGCUCAUUUUAUGCCAAGCCAGCGACAUACGCAAACCCGUUCCAAGUUGCGCGUAGUGCAUCCCCGCCGGAAAGCCGAUACCCGUGGGCGCAAUCGAUUGCAUCGCCUGCUCUCGAUGACUGUGCGAAUGGAAAUACUUCAGGAAGUGUAAGCGAUUCAGUGGCUCUCAUCCUUUCCCAUAAUUUGACAGUCGAAGGCCAUCCGCCGAGUAUGCCAUCGUAUUUCGGGUGCAUACAGCCUAUAGGGUGGCUGUUACCUUUCACUGAAGAGGAAAUCUGCAAACCAAUCAAGUAUGUCUACGACGUCGCGCAAGGGAUCCGUUCACCGGGCCUUUUUCCAUUCAAAUUCACAAGCCUUGACUCUCCAUACUGGAACGCCGUAUUCCUCGUGUGGGCCGGUCCACCUCAUGAAUGGAGGCAGCGGCUGGAUCUUGGGAAUUUCAUGCAAAACUUGGAGGAGUCAAAUUUGCCCCACAAUCCCCAACAUUCACUCGCGCACUAAAACGCCUACACUGCGUUUUCGCGGGGGUCGACGUCGCUUAUCCAGACGCGAACUUCAUGCACCCAUCCGUAGCCAGUUUAGUCUGGUCGUACGAUCAAGAUCUUGCUCAAUCCUAUUGUGUGGUCUCGCAUUCAAGCAGCUCGCAUGGAGACUAUCAAAGAUCUUGGGACAUGACUGGGGGGAAGCUCGGAAAUAGUAUCGUCAAGAGACGUUACUAGGAAAACGCUGCCAGAACAAACGGUCUUUCCCGAGAGGACGUGGCUGAAAGCUAGUUCAAGAACUGACCGUCAGCUAGGAGUGGCGGCCGUUCUGAGCGUGCGCACACGCGGUACAACUGUUUGCAAGCGCUGAGGCGCUGGCCUAGGGGCAAUCCUAGCAGUCAUGCGACCGAUAGACAAAAUGCCUACUUUGACGUUAAUUGUCAUAGGCAAACGGUGCGCCUCCUCCUGUCCUUCAUCUCCGUGAUUUUCAUCCCCGCAGCCAUCACGUGUUCUUUUCCGAAAUACGCUUCUAGCUCGGGCCAUACUCAGUCUUUUGAUCUUCUCUCUAGUCUUGGUGACCGCGAAACCCGUCUCCGAAAUGAUGACUGCUUGCUCGGUCUCGUUGUCUCCGACCUUGCUGAUCCAGCUUACCCGCACGAGUUGUAUCUUCAGGCGGCGAGUCGCAUUCCGCUGCUAUGACCCAGUCUCUGUGUCUCAGUUUCAAGCCGCUGCAUCCAGGAAUUGCGCUGUCGUCUGCGGCAAACAUCUCGAUCGCUUCCCAUAGAUUGUCGAGCCUUCUCGGCGUGGAGAAAUCGCUCGCCAGAAUUUCAGAAUCUGAGGUGUGCAUAUGCGAAUGGCGGCCCUUGAUCCUCGAGAAGGUUGCAGGAAAUAUUGUAUGUCUUGUGUCAUGGCUACGCUAAAGCAACGAGAUCUGUCAGUAUCCCCGCUCUCGUAUUUUGCGCUGAUGCCGCUUCCGCCGACGAAUCCCGUUUCGAUCAUUCAAACUUGCCUGUGCGCGCGGUAGUGUCCACAUCGAUCACGACCAGGGGCUCCAGUCUCGAUGAUUCCAGUUCACAGGCAGGUCGGGCCCCGAAUGCCGCUGAGUGGAUGAGGAGAUUGAAGGCGGCCUAAAAGGAUAUCCGAAGCCCGAUGUGUUUUCUUUAGACUAUGCGAAAAAGAACUGGAAUCCGUUGAUCAUCGCCGAAUUGAUGGAUCCGAAACCCCGCAACUUCCUUUCAUGGCGUUUUAACAAAUGACUACCCGCUCAGGGAAGCACCGAUAUGCCCAUCUACGCACGAGCUGGGCAGCAGGAACGCACUAAGAGCACAGAUCUAGACUCGAACGAUUGCAUGCUCUGAUUCUUGCCCACCGUAAUAUCACACAGACGGAACUUAGCAACUGUUAGGGAGUGAAACAGAAUUCCGCCGAGAGCGGGACGCCGAAAUUGACGCGGACUGUGUUUCGGCGGCUUUCCAAAACACACAAGCAGCGAGAUACCCCGGCAAAUGCUGGUCAUGCGCGGGGAGUAACCCCGCCAGCUAUCAACGCUCCGCAGCUGACGGCACAGCAGUUGCCAGUGUCAUCGAAGUGCGGAAGAGCGGAGUCGGCAAGGGCUUGUGUGUGGACACGCGCUUGAAUUGAAGAUCCCAGCCCAGCCAAGUGGUGAUCAGCCGGUGCCCGCAAGCCGGAACGCUGCCAUCUGUUUCCAUAUGACUUGGGCAGCUGUGCGCACCCGAGUUACCGCGCAGAAUCAAAACAAAUGUGACACGGAGGUGCAGGCCCUGAACAGGCCUGGGAUAUGGCAGCAUGAUGCAUGUGCGGAGACUGCGACCUCUGAACACUUGUCUUGGCCGGAUGCACUCACCUGCCCUUGGCUCGGCCGUUCUAGGAGACAAGGGACAGGAAUAUAAAACAUGGAGCGAUCGUGCCUGUGGAUUCAGACAAGGAGGGGUUCAGCGCUUUUUGCGGACACACGGGUUGCCAAAUUUGGCGACGUCACGGUGGCGAUCAGGUGUGAACCAACAGGAACUCCCGGAACCAUCACCAUGAAAGUAUGCAAUCCGGCUAUAAGCUCGCGGGCGGACACUCCCAGACACAUUUAUAAAUCUCCCGUCCGGCUUAUCCCCUGCCUCUUGCCUUCCAUCCACCAUGAACACACUGGACUACCUUUCUGCCUCUGAUCUCUCCCUGCGGUCUUUCAUCUCUCCUGACGGCCCUGUGGCCAAGUGCAGGCCACUUCUCUCUUCUGCUGAGCCCUGGAACACUCUGUUCGUGCCCUACGGGUCAUUUUUCCAUGGCCUACCACCCUCACCAACAGACACCUGCGCGUCAUUCACAUCGACGUCGACGUCGACCUCUGCCACUCCACCUCUCCCGGCGACACACGUCAUCUGCAACGCGCCACUUGUCGCGCCGGUUCCUCUACCGUAUCACAGCCCCACGUUCCUGCAAUUUGAGGAGCUCCCCGACAUCGACGAGGAUCUGUCGCAUCCCCCAUACGUGUCGCGUCCGACGACGAGAUCUCGGAAGCGCAAGCAGAUGUCCUCGGAGCGUGAGGAAGUCUACGGAUCUCGACAGCAGAAGCGUCGCACUGUGGUACCGGAAACAUCGUAUCGUGUGCACACAGUCCAAAGCGGCCCCCGGACGCGGCACUCCACACGAGCGGUGCCGUAUCAGCUGGGUCGCUGACUGGACCCUUGCGGCGGUACACGCUGGUCUG